CAUUAAUUGGGGCAAACAGUUUAGACUGAAACAGAUCGUUUUUCAAGUUAGAGUUGUACUAUAUCCGAUAGCACAUGAACGCAUCAUCAGUCCAUGUCACGUUGCCUGGAAAUUACCUUCUUUUUCCAAGAAGUAUUUUUUCCUCCAUAUUGCCCGUUGGGAAAGCGUUUGUUCUUGAUGGGAGCCAAUAAAUAAGCUGUGCUACGUAUACUAAUGGAUCAAUCAUCUAGCGGGAAAAAUCGUAUUUUUCCAGAUGCCUACUGAAUUUGAUUUGAUUGUUAAAUACAAUUAAAAACAAAUACCAUGCCUACUUUUUGAGUUGUGAAACUGAUCAUACCUUUAACUACUAAAUGUUAUUUGUAUAUUAGUAUACAUUAACCACAGCCUAAUUGAUCUAUGCUUGAAGUCUGUUCUGAUCGGAACAUUUCCUUGCAGUACUUGAGGCUGAACUCAGCCUGCACUUGAAGUGAGUUACAGCUUCCUCUGUGGGAUUCUUCCUGACGUCAGCUGGAUGUGGGAUUUUUAUUCCCCAUCCCAGCCUUAAAGUGACUCAUUCACGGAUCAGCGCCACAGCAGAAACUCGGGGCUUUCAAAAAUCUUUCAAAAUGCUGCCAGGAGCCCUCCCCCUGCAGUGAUGGCCGCCGUCGGCCCCCCCGCCCCCUUCCUCUGCGUGCUGCUCCUCUACGUGUCGGUGGCUCUGCAGCGCUCCGACCCGCGGCUGGCCUACGUGACCCACAACGGCCUCUUCUACUACUCCUGCAGCCAGGACCCGCAGCCCUGCAGCGUCUCCUCGCUCGCCGACUGCCGGUGCCAAGACGUGCACCACCCGCAGUCCCACCCGUCUCCCGUCUUCGGGAUGAGACGCUUGACCGUGUGGUUCACGUCGGCGAUAAACGCGGCGCGUCUGCUCAACAACUCCGAGGUCACGCACCUCACCCUGAUCCGCUGCGGCGCCGGAGGCCCGGGGACGCCCUCCCCUUCCCCGGAGGGGCAUUUCGCCGUGAGGCACCUGGAGAGGCUGACAGUGGUGGACGUGGACAAGGCGCCGGUUCCCCACUGUGCGGACGCAAACAGAGCCUGGGACGCGCACGCGAACGGCGACGGCGACAGAGACAACGGCGUUCACCCGGACACGGGUAAAUACAAAAAGGACAAAGGCGCAAACCCGGACUUGACAGCGAAGAAAGAUUCCACGACUCUGUCCUCGCUCCAGUGCCAAGACAUCUUCCUGGGCAGGGAGCUGGGAGCGGCGUACGACGAGCAGGCCAGAGUGGGAAUCAUCCACAGCUCUGCGCUGGAGUGGGGGGCAGAGGUCAAGGCCUACACCGUGCAGACGCACAUAGACGGUGACGGCGCGCUGCCCUUCCCUGAUCUCCACCUGGCAAAGUUACCGGAGACGGACGUCAUAUACGUCAGCUUUGUGUACUGAGGAGCAGAGGAGUGCGGGAGGAAGACGACCCAGAGUUCAGCACCUGCAAACGCGAGCAGAACAUCUUAAAGAUUCAACCGUCAUUUUCCCAAGCGCACCUAAAUACUUUGCGCAGGUGUUUAUCGGAAUGUUGAAACAAAAUAUAUGAGUUAAUUUGAGACCUUCCGAGGGAGCCGGCCAGCCCUCUCCAGAUGAGCCUUUUGUUUUCCCUCUCUACGCAAGGACCAGAAAAUGUCCACCACGAAGUGCGUCCCACUAACGCUCUGAUUCCCACUGGAUGUAAAGCUGUCUGCCUGUUUUUUCAGCUUUUCAUGUUCUUUUUUUGUAAUAUUCUUUCUUGUAGGGCAGUAUGUCCUGAUUCGAGGGAGGACAUUGAGCUAUUUUGACCUGUGUGCAGCAUCGAUUUCACCAAACUCUGCUCUGGCAUUCCUACAACUGACCUCUGACCUCUGUGGAAUCGAUGAAUCAUCUUAAAUGUGGAACACAUGUUUGGUUCCAGGAUUCAACCACCAGAUGGCAGCAGAUACAUUUGAGUCAAAGAGGAAGAGAGGCGGACGAAGCUUGCUGAUGGCAGGAGGAAACACGUUUUUCGGUCUUCUUUGUUUUCUUAAAGAAUCUAGCAAACCUGAAAUGUUACUAAUGUGUCAUGACGUGUCUCAGCACUUUAAAAGCCUGUGGGGAAUAUUGUUUUUUAGCACAGACCUAGGCUGUAAUGCUUGAUAAAUUAUGGCGUGAUAUUUAUUUGAAAUCAAAAAUGUCAUCACUAUUGAACAGAAACACAUUAUUUACUUACUUAUCACUGCGGAAUUCAACAUCAUAUGUUCACUGAUCUCAAGGUUAAAGCAUGCCUUGUGAUGUAUUGUAAUAAUCUAACGUUUACAAUAUGAGCUAAAAAUGAUUUAAACUGUGAUCACAAAUUA